AUGACCAACUGCUGGGAGGAGAUAUUGCUGCAGCAUUUAUCUGCAAACUGGAAGAAAAAAUAUUCAGAGCCGUUGAUGUAUGCACUAUUUUGGAGGGCUGCAAAUGCCACUUCUUUAUUCAAUUUCAAGAAAGCUAUGGAAGCCAUUGACGACGCAAAACCUACGGCAAAGGAGUGGCUUGCAGAUAUUGGAGAUCAAUCAAGAUGGACAAAGUAUGCAUUUGACCCUAAUGUUUGUUGUGACGAGAACAAAACGAGCUUUUUUGAGAGCUUCAACGCAACUCUUGGAGUUGAUAGGUGCAAGCUUGUUUUAACACUACUUGAGGGUAUAAGGAGGGUAACUAUGGUAAGGAUGGCCAUAAGAAAGGAGAAGAGUGAAAACUGGAUAGACACUGAUUUCUGUCCUAAUAUAGUGAAGAUAGUGAAGUUCCUGAUUUUAGACUCAAGAACAUGUAAGGCUUUCAAUUCUGGUGUUGGAUUUUAUGAGAUUAAAGAUGGUAAGUCCACCUUGUCUAUGAGCUUAAAUGACAGAACAUGCAUAUGCAACACAUGGCAACUCAAUGGGAUCCCUUGCAAGCAUGCUGUGAGGGCCAUUCUACAUUCAAGCCAAGAUCCCAUAAGGUUUUGCAGUGAUUGGUACAGUUGCAAAAUGUACAAGCAAGCAUAUCCAAGCACUAUUAGAUUUAUUCCAGACCUUGAGAAUUGGCCAGAAAUGCAGUUCCCACUAAUUAAGCCACCAGUGAUGAAGAGAGCAAUUGGAAGACCUGCAAAGAAUAGAAAGAGGGAUACAGAUUAA